AUGAACAUAGCACAAGAUGCGACGUCAUUUCUUGAGAAGCUGUACUUGUCCAUGAAUAAGGGGAGCCAAUUCUCCAGUUUGAGCACGUUCAAGGGCAAUUCUGGGCCCGGAGUGGGGUUUGGCUCAGGGUUUGGACUCGGCAAUACCCAGCAGAAGCCGCAGUCGGGAUUUUCGUUCGGACAGUCAAAUACGAACACCUUCGGUGGCGGGCUUGGACAACCCUUCGGCCAGCAAGCUUUCGGCCAGGGAGUUAGCCAGCCGCAGCAGACCUUUGGGGGCUUUAACACCGCUGCUUCGGCUCAGCAUCCGCCUCAAGGUGCAAACACGCAGCAGCUAGUCAGCCUCAUUGGGGACAUGAUCAAACGGCAAGUGGCAGACACCCCGGAGCCCCAAGCGGCGCAGCCCUCAGUGGCAUCGGUGGCGACAGAAGCGUCCGCACUGGAAACCAGCCUUUCGAAGAUCUUAACCAAUACUUCGUCCGCCUCUGCCUCCGUGCGUCUCUCUGCUGCAACGAGGAGGCCCGGCAUCCCCCAGGAGAGCCUGCGGCUCUUGGACGACCAGGCCCACAACAGGUUCGGUCUGUCCGGCACAUCCUCCUUUGGCGCAGCAGCAGCCAGAGCUGCAGCCGUCGGUUUGCUUCCGCGGGGCUCCAGAGAGUCAUCUGAGUCAGCGCAGCACCAGUUUGCGCCCUUCGCAAAUCCAACAGUUAUCCGCAUAGGCAAAGAUGAAGUACCCGCAUGCAACAUACCAAGCUAUCGGGAAGAGGACGAGAGCGCAAGCGAAGCGAACCCUGGAAUUCACUACCCUUUGGCUUCUGCGCACAAACCUGUCCUUACACGCACCGACUAUCACACCGUCCCUUCGAUCUCUGAGCUGCAGGCCAUGUCAAUCGACGAGCUUCAAGCCAUCAAAGAUUUCCGGGUCAUCUCGGAGGCAAACGGAGAGAUUCUGUGGCCUGGAGAGACAGAUCUUACCGACGUAGAUAUAGAUAGAAUUGUCGACAUUGGACACAAGAGCGCCACCGUGUAUCCCAAUACCCUUCCCUAUAAGGACAGACACCGCCGCGGCGAGAAGCUCAACAAGGAGGCCAUCAUCACCCUCUACAACAUAUUUCCAGUCAACAGAGGAGAACGAGUGUACGACCUUCCAAGCGUGCAGAAGUUCACAGCCAUCAUAAAGAACGAGACCCAGAAGAGAGACGCACAGCUUAUCAGCUAUAGUCCCAACGACGGAAUCUGGAAAUUUUCAGUUAGCUUCUUCAUAUGA